CUCCAUAUCGGCCGUGCCGACACUCAAAUUCCGGCCUGACCCCAUUUUUGUUGCGUGAAAGUGAACGAAGUGUGUGUGGACACAGUGCGAGUGCGACUCCGACUCCGACUCCGAUUGCGAUUGCGAUUGCGAGUGCUGUUCCGGGAUCAGAAACGAAUCUACUUCGGCCUCACGAUUGACGCCUUCUACCGCUUCCUGCGCCAGGCGCUGCCGCUGGCCAAGGAGGCCGCGAUCCACUUAAAUGCCAGCAACGAGAUCUCCGGUGCAGUCAGCAUCACUGGCUCGCCCGGCGAUCUCCUCAACUACAGCGUGCUGGAAAUGGAUCUCGGACUCGAUCUGGAUGUGGAUCUGGGUCUGGACAUGGGCCUAGCCAGCACACCCAGCAGCAGCAGCAGCAGCAGCAGCAGCAGCACACUGGCGCCGCCCGCAACCGCCAGGACGCCGGGUAACAGGAGCGUGGUGCGGGUCAGUGCCGAUGUGCCCAUCUGGGUGGUGCCGUGCUAUUCGGCCAUCCUGCUGUGCGCCGUGGUGGGGAACCUGCUGGUGGUGUUGACCCUCGUCCAGAAUCGUCGCAUGCGCACCAUCACCAACGUAUUCCUGCUCAACCUGGCCAUCUCGGACAUCCUGCUCGGCGUCUUCUGCAUGCCAGUGACCCUGGUCGGCACUCUGCUGAGGCACUUCAUCUUUGGGGAGCUGCUCUGCAAGCUCAUCCAGUUUGCACAGGCUGCCUCGGUUGCCGUUUCCUCCUGGACACUGGUGGCCAUCUCCUGCGAGCGCUACUACGCCAUCUGCCAUCCGCUGCGGUCGCGCACCUGGCAGACGAUCAACCAUGCCAACAAGAUCAUCGCCAUCAUCUGGCUGGGCAGCCUGGUGUGCAUGACGCCCAUCGCCGCCUUCAGCCAGCUGAUGCCCACCAGUCGACCAGGACUUCGCAAGUGCCGCGAGCAGUGGCCGGCGGACAGCCUGAAUUACGAGCGGGCCUACAACCUGUUCCUGGACCUGGCCCUGCUGGUGCUUCCACUUCUGGCCCUGAGUUUCACCUACCUGUUCAUCACGCGCACCUUGUACGUGAGCAUGCGCAACGAACGGGCCAUGAACUUUGGCAGCAGUGGGCCGGAGGUCAGCGCCUCCUCCGCCGCUGUCACAGGACCUGGCAGCCAGCGACGGCACAACGGAAGCCACUGUCAGUCCCUCGACACGAUUGUGACCCACCAGCACAAUCCGCACCAGCAGCACCAGCAGCACCACCACCAUUCCCAGAACUACUACGCGGACUACGGUCACAGUGGCAGCAAGCGGCGAUUGAUCGGCGGCGGAGGAGGUUCCUGCGAGGGCAGGCGGCAUCUGUACUGCAUGAGGAGUGCGUCCGUGAAGUCCGUGCGGCAUCAGCAGAUCAACGGCGGCGGUGGAACUGUGAUUCUGAGCGGCACUGGAGCUGGAAAUGGCGAGUGCUGCAGCCGGAUGCACAGGAUGCGCCAGCAGAUGCAACUGCAGCAGCAGGGCUACGUGAGCGACAGUGAGUGUCGGCGCAAGUCCUUGUCGCAGCCCAGUCUGCGGAUCACAGAGGCGGGACUGAGGAGAUCGAACGAAACGAAGAGUCUGGAGAGCAAGAAGCGGGUGGUCAAGAUGCUGUUCGUCCUGGUGCUGGAGUUCUUCAUCUGCUGGACGCCGCUGUACGUGAUCAACACGAUGACCAUGCUGCUGGGGCCGACGGUGUACGAGUAUGUGGACUACACGGCCAUCAGUUUCCUCCAGCUGCUGGCCUACUCCUCCAGCUGCUGCAACCCGAUCACCUACUGCUUCAUGAACGCCAGCUUCCGGCGCGCCUUCGUGGACACCUUCAAGGGGAUGAGGGUGUGCGAGCGGCUGUGCGCUCCCUGCUGCUUCUGGCGGCGACGCUCCAAGAACGAGACGAACCUCUCGGUGGCCGGCAACUCCAUUGCGCUGGCCAACUCGGUCAUGUCCAGCCACACGAUCCUCGAGAGUCCGCGCCUCUGAGCCAGCCGCCGCCGACCGCAGAUGGCGGAGUCGGAGUCACUUUAGAUUAGCAAUGGGUGGAGGUGGAGGUGGAGGUGGAUACGGAUCGGGUGCGCCAAUAUGUGAUGCAAUGCAAUGUGAAUGCAAUAGAAACUGUGGUUGUCAACGCCAUUCCGCCGCGUUCUGAAUGCGUGUGGAACGAUGGAUGUGUGACCAGUUGGAUGGAUGGAUGGGUGGUUGUAUGGAGGAGGUUCCGUGACCACCAAAUUGCCCCUCCAGAUUUCUAUUAAUAUGUGUGCGUGUAUGCUUAGAGUUGCGCUUAAGCGUGUUUUUCAGUGUGAGUUAUUGUUAGACGUUGACCUCGUGUUCCCUCUGUGUGUUUACACCUUAAAUGGGUUGCAAUCGAUAAUGCCAAUCUAAAUUGAGAUCGCCACACGCUAAGACGAGGAAUGAAAAAUGCUCAGCUGGACUAAGAUUUUAGAAAGAACAGUAGGUUAAGAAACCAGCACAAUGGUUUUAAAAAUAUUUGAGAUUUAUGGGAAAUGCUAUGUAUACCGAGAGAAUUUGUUGGUCUUGGUAUGCAGUUAGUUUAAAGUUUGGUAUCAUUCGUCCCACAUGUCGUAUGCGUGAUAUUUACGCAAGCUAACCGACCAUUGUGCUAUAUUUAAUAUUUUCAUUUCCACACUUUACCUUGCAGCGAGCAAUCCCGAAAGUAAAAGGUAUUCUGAUCACGGUGCAGUGAAAGGUUUCAAUGACUCGAGAAGCAUUUGACAGCAGGCUGAUUUUACAGGGUACUCAAGGAAGUCCACUCCCAAAACGGAUUCCUAACAUUCAAAAAUGGUUGUCAGACGGAGCUUAUGGAGUGGCAGACACUCCGAGGUCCACAAACUAAAUUAAGAAGCCCGAUCGGGUGCCAAAAAUCCAAUUUUAUGUAGUUUUCAAGUAGCUGAAAAUGCCAAUUGGAUAACUUGGCAUUGUGGAUAUUUGGCACACUAAGAAAAUAGAUGGCAUAGUGUAUACAAAGAAGCGUUUCAUUUUAGCUCUCACCCACUUCAACGAAAACUGGCAAUUGCAAUUAAUAAUCUGAUAUUUGUAUAUGUAUAGAUCUCAGUGUUCUUAUGUAAAUAAGAUGAAAUCAAAUCGAAAUAAAACGACAACUAUCUUCGGGUUCA